UCACUUUAUAUCAGCUCCAGUUGCCUCCAAGAUCGUCAUUGGCUGUCGCUAGAUUUGAAAAAUCAAAACUGAGGAAGUCAGCUAACCAUACUGGAUGAUGGGCUCUUUGGACUACCAGAUUGGGAGCUCUACCACCAUGCAGUUGUAUUAACAUGGCAGCAAGAAUUGUAUUUGCACAGUGGAAAAAUGAGGAAAUACCUACAGAGAGAUGGUCUAUUUUCUUAGCUGCUUACUCGUACAGACUACUCCACCGACCGGGCUGAACUCUGGGCCAUGCUGACGCCCUCAGCCGAUGCCCCUUGCCCGACCUAUUGGAGAACCCGACUCCGGAAGCCCCUGUCUUACUGAUUGAUGUUGUGUCCCUGGGGCCCCUUUCUUCUGGCGAAGUGGCAAGGGUUUCUGCCAAGGACUCUGUUUUACGCACUGUGAUGGGCUGGGUAAUGCGGGGUUGGCCUACUAAGGUGGACAGUGGGGAUUUUCAAUUGUUUUUCAACAAAAAGAAUGAACUGUCAAUGUUGGGGGGCUGUUUGCUGUGGGGCAACAGGGUGGUUAUUCCCUCUUGUUUAAGGCAUAGGGUGCUUGAGUUGCUACACGAAGGGCACCCCGGUAUCGUUAGAAUGAAAAGUCUAGCUCGGAGCUAUGUGUGGUGGCCACAUCUCGACCAAGACGUCACUGAGUGGGUGGGGAAAUGCAGGCCCUGCCAAGAGUCCCCCCUGGAUCCCCCUGUAGCUCCCGUUAGAGAGUGGGAAAAGCCAAAGGGACCAUGGGGGAGGAUCCAUAUCGAUUUUGCAGGCCCCUUCCAUGGCCAGAAUUUUCUUAUAAUUGUAGAUGCUUUUUCAAAGUGGCUAGAAAUUGCUUUGAUGCCCUCGAUCACUUCUGAGGCCGUAAUUAAAGUCCUCAAAAAACUUUUCGCAACUCAUGGAUUGCCAGACACCCUGGUCUCGGAUAAUGGGCCCCAAUUCACAGCAACCCAAUUCGAAGGCUAUCUGGCCGAGUUAGGCAUACAACACGCAUUAUCUGCUCCUUUUCAUCCGGCUUCGAAUGGCCUUGUAGAGAGAUUUGUACGAACGGCCAAGGAAGCACUGUCCCGGCUCAAUGCGGGAGACUGGCAAGCUAGGAUUGAUCAAUUCUUAGCAAUACAACACGCAACCCUGUGCACUUCCACAGGGUACAGCCCAACCGAGCUUUUAAUGGGCCGUAAACUCAGGUGCAUUCUCGAUCGCUUACACCCAGACUACUCCACAGACAAUUACAAGAGGGAAGAGGGAGGAUUAAGACAAUUCCAAAUCGGAACCCCGGUAUUCACUAGGAAUUAUGCCAAUGGCCCACUGUGGAUCAAGGGAGUUAUUGUAGGGAUCACCGGUCCAAAAUCAUACAUAGUGGACGUAGGGCAUGGUAAAAUUUGGAGAAGGCACAUAGAUCAAUUGCGUAAACAUUUGCAUUGUGAAGCCUGUGAAAACUCCAACACUGUAAAAUCUAACUUCAAAAGUUUCCCCGAAACAGCUAUCUCAAGGCCGAGUAAACCGAAAUACUUAUUGGGCAAGCCUGAGCUCCAGCGCCGCCCCAGCAAGUCGACACUCCCAGCCGGGGAUGGCCACGCCUCUGGAGAAAUCCAGGAGGUUCCAUUGGCGGAGCCAGGAGAGACGGGAGGUCCCUCUGACCGGCUCGACGCCUCUCCAGCAACUGAACUGCACAGGUCAACCAGAGUAAAGUCACGCCCUGGUCACCUGCGUGAUUUUGUAUGUAAAUAUGUAAAUAGAUAGGAUAAGUGCCUUCUGGGAAUGGAGGGGUGUUAUGUAUGUAUCUAUUUUGUGUGGGAAAU